AACUGAACAGUAACGAUGAGUGGCAGAGGCAAGGGAGGCAAAGGACUCGGUAAAGGAGGCGCCAAGCGUCAUCGCAAAGUUCUCCGUGAUAACAUCCAGGGCAUCACCAAGCCCGCUAUCCGCCGUCUGGCUCGCCGUGGUGGAGUCAAGCGUAUCUCCGGUCUGAUCUACGAGGAGACCCGCGGAGUGCUGAAGGUUUUUCUGGAGAACGUCAUCCGUGAUGCCGUCACCUACACCGAACACGCCAAGAGGAAGACUGUGACCGCCAUGGACGUGGUUUAUGCUCUGAAGAGGCAGGGCCGCACCCUGUACGGAUUUGGAGGUUAAACU